AUGAAGCGCUCCAUUGAUUUCUGGAUGGCUCCGAAGAAGUCGAGCAAGGGCAAGGGUGUGGCUGCGGAGCCAAUCCAUGAAGAAGGAUGGGUUGCAAACGAAGAGGCAGCUGGGGAGAAGAAUGACAGAGAACACAGCCCCACUCCUAGUGCGGAUAUCGAGGCCGAGCAUCUGAAGGGUGUGCGGUCUGUGGUGAGGAAGCGUAAUAGCUCUUCUCAACCAACCAGCAAUAGUCCGGCGGCAAAAAUGCCAUGGACUUCAGCAUCUGGGGAUGAUGCUAUGGUGAGACAAACCGUCCCUUCCACCAUAGUGGACCCAUCAAAGGGGACUGAGACUACUCUACUAGCGAGUAGUUCCAAUGUAGAUAAUGGCAGAAAUAUGGGUAGCCAGGUUGUCAUUGUGAAACCUACCCGAAAGUUUGGCAUGAGGAGGCUUGCCCUGACAAGGGCCCCUACUGGGGAAACUGAAGACGAUUCAGCCCCCAAGUCGGUAGUGGAGAAGCCCCUGAGUACUCCGGAGAUGAGUGGUCGCGAGGCAGAGGACAUGGUGGAUGCCAUGCUUCGAAAUUCUCCACUUCCGGAUGCCGAGAGGAGCGAUGAAAGGCUCCCGCAAGGUAGUGGAAGCGACAAGCUUCCAGAGGAGGAGGGUAGCGAGAAGCUUCCAGAGGGAGGCGAUGAGAAGCUGCCUGAAGACACCCCUACAGGGAAUACUGUGGGGAGGAUUGAAGAUGUGCCAAAAAAGGCAAUUUCUGAGGUGCGGGCGAGUGCUUCCCAGGAUUCAUCGGGAACUGUCGUGCCGCAAGAAAAGCUAAAGCUUGCUUUCAAGCUACUGGGGGAGGUGUUAGGGCAGGAGGGUGGGAACGCCCAGGAUGAAUCAAAGCUAAAUGCUCUGAGAGAAGUGAGUGAAAAUGCUCGUGUUCGAGAAGGAUGCCCUUCACGAGAAGAUCAAGAAGCUCUCCAAGGCCAAGAAAGAGGAAGGGUACUUGCUGGUUUGCACUUUUUGAAGGACGAAGAAGCAUGUGCUGGGAUGCGGAAGUUGGAAGAAGGGCUGUAA